AUGGCAGAUCAAGUAAGUAACGAAUAUGAUACCGGGGUAUCGAACGGGGAUGUUGAUUGGUUAUUUCGAGGCAAAUCGAAGAAGCUAACAAAGAAAAUGAACAAUUGCUCUGUGUCGGGGGAUAAAGAGAAGAAGGGUGGUUUGUCUGAUGAUGGGGGUGCAUUUGAAAAAAGAAAUGAGGGAGAUAGCAGAGAUAGUGAAGAGAACAGCAGAAAGGCAUCUGAAAAGCCUGCUGGACAUUCUUCGUCAGAUCUCUUGUCACCGCCACAGGAACAGCAAGUAAAAAAGGAUCACGAUCUGCCUAAAACUACACAAUUGAAGCAGCAAUUGCCGCUGCAACCACAACCACCACCUGAAAAGAAGAAGUUGGAUUUGUUCAAAUUGGGUGGCAGAUCAAGAUCAUCCUCUACUGGAAGCACAAAUUUAGAAAAGUACGAUAUAUCUCUAACGCAUGUUCCUAAAAGAAGGAGUAGUGUUGCUGUAUCACCAGUACCUUCUCACUCUUCAGGGUCGAGCACUACACAUUCUGCAAGUGCAAACGUACUGGAUUCACUGGAUAACUCCCCGGGUGUUUCGCGAUCAAACUCAACAUCGGGAAAAAGGUCGCUUUUCAGUUCUAUAUCUGCCAAAUUCAAGUCUAAUUCGGCAGGUUCUGCUUCGAGCCAAUCGUCUAAUAAUGUAUCUCCUACAACAUCCAAAUUGAACCCCAACUUGUUAGGAGCUUCAUAUAAUAGUAAUAACCCGCCAUCGCAAGAUCUUACAACGUUGGUGGAUAAGCCUCCUUCUGGUAUACCUGUUAAUUCUAGACGAAAGAAUUCUAUUCAAGCAUUUAAAUCAUCACAUCAACAACCUAGUAAAUCAGCAGACAAUAAGGUUGUAUCGAAUAAGAAACUGAGCAAAUCUGAUAACCCAUUAGAUGAAUUAAAUAAUAUUAAGUUGAGAAGAAUUACAUUUGCUGUUGAUAAAUUAGCCUUUGAUCCCCAGCAGCAAAUUCCUUCAAGACGCCCUAAAAAAGGGAAUGUAUUGAUACCUGAAGAUAUAGUUGCACCACCACCUAGACUUUCUCAAGGUAUUUCAUUGAGUGACACGAAUGGGAAUAAGACUAAUGCUCAACCAGAUAAUAAAUAUUCCGAAAAGGAACUAAGUCGAGCCAUUGAGGCACAAAAAAGGGCUCUUAUAGAGGCUGAGAAACAUGCUGAUGAAGCGCACUUAUCAGCUAGAAGGAUUGCACAUGAAGUCAGUACUUUCAGACAGAGAAGAAACUCGAAGCAAAAAGAAGAGGAAGAAGAGGAAGAAGUAGAUAAAUCUUUCUCGCAUGACAUGGAGAAUGUUGAAAUUGAUAAACCACUACAUGUUCAUGAAAACCACUUUGAUAAUAUGGAUCCUGCUGACCAAGAAGGUUCGGGACAUAGCCAUACGGAUCUUGAAGAAAAGAAUUUAAUUGAAAAUCUUUCUUUGGAAACUAUAUACACAAGAUGUUGCCAUUUGAGAGAAAUUUUGCCAAUACCUGCAACACUAAAACAAUUGAAAAACAAGACCAAACCUCUACCAGUAUUGAAAUUAUUGAACCCAAAACCAACUUUGAUCGACGUUUUAUCAUUUAGUGAUUUCAUCGCUAUUACACCAAUUAAUACUGUCAUAUUUGAUAACGUUACGAUGACUACUGAAAUGUUACAACAUUUUUUAUCUUCAUUAGUUAACAACAAUUUCGUUGAAAAGUUAUCCUUGAGAAACGUUGCAAUUGAUGAAGUUGGUUGGAAAUUUCUUUGUAAGUUUCUUUCAAAGAGCCAGAGUAUUAAAAAGUUAGACAUUUCACAACAGAGGAUUAAGUCAGAUACAAAGAAAUCAUGUAUCAGGUCUUCAAUGAACUGGAAUCUUUUUAUUCAAUCCUUGAUCUUGAGGGGUGGGAUUGAGGAAUUGGUUAUAAAUGGGUGCAAAUUAUCUGAUGAAACUUUUAAAGACUUGAUUGAAAAUGCCGUCAGACUAUCCACGUAUAGAUUAGGUAUAGCGUCAAUCGAGUUGAAUCAGUUCAAGGCAAAUAUUGUUGCAGAUUGGAUUACGGAUGAAAAAUCUAAAUGUGUUGGUGUUGAUAUUGCAUUCAAUGAUUUGAGCAAGGGACAGUUGAUUCCGUUUAUAAAUGCAUUUUAUAAGGGAAAUCUGAAGUUGAUAUUUUUUUCAUUGAAUUCGACGAAAUUAACCGACAUAGACCAAGCGUCGGAAUUGAUUAGAUCCUUAAGUUAUGUUAAAACUUUGAGGUUUUUAGAUCUAAGCUCGUUGCCUGAUUUAUUCCCCGGAAUCAUUUCGAGGCUUAAAAAGUAUUUGCCUCAAUUCCCUUCCUUGAGAAGAAUUCAAUUUGAUUUAAACGAAUUGUCUAGUUUGUCGAUUGGCGCUAUUGCUGAUAUAUUGCCAAAAAUAGAAGGAUUGGUUCAUGUGUCUUUCUUAGGUAAUAAAGAUAUUAAUCAUGGAUCUGCUGCUACCUUGUACACUGCUGUCAAAUUAUCAAAAUCGAUAUUCACCUUGGAUUUGGAUUACGACUUAAUUCCGGAUGCAUUAUCUCAAAGAAUUGCUUUCUAUUUGAUGAGAAAUAUGGAUAAGAGUAUGAAUUCGGACGGAGUCAUUAAUAAUUCUGAAAAUGCAAACGAAGAAGAAUUGAUGUUCGAUGGUUCUUUAUUGAUGGAAACAGCUGAAAAAUUAAUAAUCGAAAACGAUAAGAAUGCAGACACAAAGGUUGACUUAAAGAUUCAAAAGAUCAUUACAAAUGCGUUGAUUGAAAGAACAAGGGCGGUAAGAACAGAUCUUCAUCAGAAUAUUGAUAAUUUGUUUCAGAAAAGAAAUCAAGGAACCUUGUCUCUUGAAGAUAAGGAGACUUUAUUGAGACUUUGUUUACUUGAUGCCUCUUUAGAAAAGGUUGUGCAUAUGUUCGAGGAACGUAGUAAAGCUUAUAAAACAGGUAAUAGCCCAUCUUUACAAGCUAGUCCAUCACCAUCAUUUAAAAUUAGUGAUGAUAAUCCUAAUAAUUCUCAAAUCGUACAGAAUUCUGAGGGAGCUACAAAACACGAACAAAUCAAUCCUGCUACAGUUACUAAUAGCAAUUUGAAAAUUGAUUUACAAGGGCGUGAUGCAUUGCAUGAAAAUUCUAAUGAAUUGAUUACGGCUGGUCCAAUCUUGUCUCCACAAAAUGUGGAACGCUUAAAUAUACCAAGUUAUUUUCCAUCUACGGAACAAACUUUUCAACCUCAUCAAGUUGUUAUUGAUUCGUCGUCCGAUGGGAGGAACGUACCUAUUGAUAACUUAACGGGUAGACCUGUUUUAAUGAAAUCUAUUUCGCAAACAUCACUCCAUGCCAAAGAAUUAGAACAAGAAGAGGGUGAGUUACACAGAUGGGGUGUUUUCAUUGAACAAAGGAAUAACAGUGAAAAUGACUCGACUAAAAUAACUGAUCCUAAAGCUAACACGGAUUCACAACAACAGAACAAGCGUGAAGUGCCAACUCUUAACGUUUUACCUUCGGGCUCUGAAUUAAGAGAUGCUAUCAUUGCGGCAAAAGGUAUCGAAUCUAUCACCGAUCUAAUUGAUAACAUUAAUGACAAUAGAAUUAGCAUUGAAAAUAUUUACAAAAUAGAAGAUAUGUCAGGCCAGUCACAUAAUGAAAAAUUACGAACAAGCAAUCCAGACAUCAAUUCACAACCGUCAUUACAACAGACUAACAGAUCUGCACAUUUAAAGCAAGGAUCCUUACCUUACAAGGAAGAUAACGGUUCGAUUGAUUCGAUGGAAAAUCAAAAGAGUUGUGAAAGUAGUUGUGUGAAUCAGUCAAACAAUACUUGUAAUUGCCAAGAUCAAAGGGAUAAUGCUGUUGUCGAUGAAGUUUAUGAUAAGCUUUUAAAUGAUGCCCAAAGGGUUAGAUCUAACAAACAGGAGUAA